AUGGCGGAAGAUGAUAAUAAAUUUGUGAAAGAUGGAACGGUGGACUACAAAAACAAUCCAGCAAUCAAGAACCAAACUGGAACUUGGAGAGCUUGCCCCUAUAUCCUUGGAAAUGAAUGUUGUGAGAGGCUGGCAUAUUAUGGGAUAAACACAAAUCUAGUGAAUUAUCUGAAAUAUCAGAUGAAUGAGAGUAGUGUUGUGGCAGUUAAUAAUGUUACAAAUUGGUCAGGGACAUGUUAUGUUACCCCAUUGCUAGGUGCAUUUCUAGCUGAUGCUUAUUUGGGAAGAUUUUGGACUAUUGCUGCCUUCUCAAUCAUCUAUGUCUUUGGGAUGACAGUACUAACAUUAUCAGCAUCAAUACAUGGACUAAAACCACCUUGUGAUCAUGACAACAAUUCAUGUCACCCUAAAGGAUUACAAAUUGGAAUAUUUUACUUAGGUCUUUACCUAAUAGCACUUGGUACUGGUGGAAUAAAACCUUGUGUUUCAUCAUUUGGUGCUGAUCAAUUUGAUGAUUCUGAUGAAACAGAGAAGAAAAAAAAGAGAACAAAACUUUAUAGGAAUCAAAAACCUGGUGGAAGUCCACUUACAAGGAUAUUUCAAGUUGUAGUUGCAUCUUUUAGGAAAAUUAAAGUUAAGGUUCCUAGAGAUACUUCUGUUUUGUUUGAAACUAAUGAUGAAGAAUCUGUUGUACAAGGUAGCAGGAAACUUGAUCAUACUCAACAAUUGAGUUUCUUUGAUAAGGCAGCAGUGGAGACACAAUCAGAUAAAAUCAAAGGGUCAAUUAAUCCAUGGAGCCUUUGCACUGUGACACAAGUUGAAGAAUUGAAAUCAAUCAUAAGGUUAUUGCCUAUAUGGGCAACUGGUAUAAUCUUUAGCAGUGUGUAUAGCCAAAUGGGAACCUUAUUUGUUCUCCAGGGCAACACAAUGGAUCUUCACAUGACAAAAUCCUUUGAAAUCCCUUCAGCUUCCCUUUCCCUUUUCGACACGAUUAGUGUCAUUUUUUGGGUACCUGUCUAUGACCGUGUGAUUGUUCCGUUGGCUAGAAGAAUCACAGGUCAUAGGAAUGGUUUCACUCAGCUACAAAGGAUAGCAAUUGGACUCGUAAUCUCAAUUUUCGCGAUGUUGAUUGCUGGAACAUUGGAAUUGGUAAGAUUGACAAGUGUAAAACAACAUAAUUACUACGAAAUGAAGCAUAUACCUAUGUCGAUUUUUUGGCAAGUUCCUCAAUAUUUUGUCAUAGGUUGUGCUGAGGUUUUUACAUUCAUUGGACAAUUGGAAUUCUUCUAUGAACAAGCUCCUGAUGCUAUGAGAAGUUUAUGUUCUGCUCUGUCUCUUAUAACGACCGCGCUCGGGAACUAUCUGAGUACAUUUUUGGUGAAUGUUGUUACAGACAUGAGUACUAGACAUGGUGGUGCUGGUUGGAUUCCUGAUAACUUGAACUAUGGUCAUUUACAUUACUUUUUCUGGCUUUUGGCUGUGCUAAGUAUGAUCAAUUUUGGAUUUUUUCUCUUUGUUGCUAAAUUUUAUACGUAUAAGAAGCCUUAUAUAGGUCCAUCCUCAUCAUAG